AAACGAGACAUUAAGGCUGAAUGGGACACACAACGAGCCAUUAAAUGGAGCACACAUGUUUUCUCAGCGUGCCUCUGUAACUAAGCUCCCCGGUCUUGUGUGAUCUAUGAAGCAGGUACUUGAGGAGACCUAUUGGCAGGUGCUCUGGUCCAAUCAGCUCUCUCCCUGCGCAGCGUCAAGCCACAUUGAAGGUUGGAGGCGCUUUACUUGGUGCGCACUUGUGCACAGAAACCCUCUGAGUGCGCACAGACUCCAUGGAUCAGGGCAGUUUGCAGCACUGUUGAGUUUUGUAUCAGCAUCUCCACUGGACAAGCGUGUGUAGGCAAACCCCCCUCCUCCCCCCAGCACCCCCUCCAUCUUUGGUCAUGACGCAUCUCUGAGAGGGAGCUUAUCUUUUCCAGCAAGAGGAAGGAAAAAAGACCGAUCACUUUCUUUUGGUAUUGUUUUCCAUUUUUAUCAAGAGAUGAUGUUUUCGUCUGCAGGCAAGCGCUGCUUCACGAUAGAGUCUCUGGUCGCCAAAGAGAACCCUCUAACCGCUGAGGACCCCAUCCGUCCGACGGCUUUAAGUUACUCUAACCCGACGACAGAUGCCUUAAUGAACAGUUACCAGGCUCCGCCGGCCAGGUCCCUCUAUCAGAGCCCGGACCUGAUGUUCCCAGAGACGGUAAACCACCCCUCCCUCAACGUGGCUCCUCACCAGCUCGGAGCCUCCCACCUACAACAUCCGCACUUCUUCGGGACGCAACACCGAGACCCGCUCAACUUCUACCCCUGGGUCCUACGGAACAGGUUUUUCGGACACAGAUUUCAAGGUAACGAUGUGUCCCAGGACAGCCUGCUACUCCACGGUCCCUUUGCCAGAAAACCCAAACGCAUCCGGACGGCCUUCUCGCCCUCCCAGCUCCUGCGUCUGGAAAGAGCCUUCGAGAAGAACCACUACGUCGUAGGAGCCGAGAGGAAGCAGUUAGCAAACAGCUUGAGUUUAUCUGAAACACAGGUGAAGGUGUGGUUCCAGAACAGGCGGACCAAGUACAAGCGACAGAAGCUGGAGGAGGAGGGACCAGACAGCCAGCAGAAGAAGAAGGGAAACCACCACAUCAACAGAUGGCGUAUCGCCACCAAGCAGGCCAGCUCCGAGGACAUAGACGUGACCUCAGAGGACUAAAACCACCGCCCAACCUCCGACAAUGCUGCCCUAAACCCUGCGUCCGCUUCUGACGCAUCAGAGGACCAACACUAUUUAUUAUGUAAUAUUAUUAAGUAGACACAUUAGAGGAAGACACAAGGACCUAAUAUGUGAUCACCACGCAUCUCGUCAUAAUGACAUCCAUCCUGAAUGUCUCUGGAUGAGAGAUCCUUCCAUUAUUUAAUGAUCUUUGGUGUGUGGCGACCAAAGAUGAAGAGAAACGUCAACCUCUAUCAUAGUGUUUGUUUGUUUUUUAAAAUUGUACAUAGGCCACUUAUAAAAAAGGUUGCUUUUGAAAGAAGCUAUUUGUUUCAUUAAAGCUGUUUUUACCACCUGCUUAGGUCAUUAACACCUCAUUGCUCACCCCACCCACUCCGCCACCUGUGUACCAUGUUAAUUUAAAUUUCUCCUCAAUGACGCGAACAUGUUGUCGCACACUUUUAAUCCAGCCAGUGAGUCGGAGAACAGGCUGGUGACUGGCCAGAAGAACAAAGCAGGAAAUUAACCAUGCGUCAAAGAAGAUCCAUAUUUGUCGCUCGCUGCAUGAUUUUAUUUUCACUGGUGACUUGACAGCCAUUCCUGCGCUCAUGGCUCUGAUACACUUCCUAAUGAAGAUUCUCCACAGAGAGGCGAUUCAUGACCAGCUGAGCAUGACUCUGGGACAGAUGAGAAGCUGCAGAGACCUCUGGUGUUAGGGGCGAGUUGUGCCACAUAAUAAAAGCAAGUUCACAGCUUUGUGCUCCUUCUGCCAUGCCACAUUUGUCAAUGUGGGGUGAUGGAUGACAUCUCCAUUUGUUGAAUGUCUGCAGAUUUCAUUAAGCGCUGUGUGUAGUAUAAAACGUAUAUGAGAAUAUACUUUUCAAGCAGAACAUGUAAUUACAAAAAGAUGUUUUAGAAAUAAAAACAAAAAGCUAUUUCUCUGA